UAAUUAAAAGGCCGUCAUAUGCGGAUAUAGCUUACCCGUAAGAACAGAAAGAAUUCCAAGAAAGAAAAAUGAAAGAUCCUUAGCUGUUAUGCACGGAACAUAUUAUUUAAUGUGCGGAAAAGAAUAGAUUUACCCGGCAAAACACAGUCUUGACUCAUUCCCAGCAAAUCUCUCCCAUAUAUCGCCUAACUGGAAAACCCACCGCUUACGCAAAGGGAGAGAAAAAGCUGGAAUGAUGAAGCUCAUCAUUUUCUGCCUUUUUCUGGGCGCCGCCGCUGUGGAGGGCCAUGAAUUUGCCGAGGAGUUCUUCUUCAAUAAGACAGAGUUGCCAUUAUUGGAAUCUGUGUCCAAUAAUGGAGCUGCCGACACUAAUCCUGCCCCUCGCUUGGUUCCCCUUACUCUUAUUCAAGGAGCUGCAGCUAAAGGAGCUGUGUGUCUUGAUGGGACAUUACCUGGUUAUCACAUUGAUCUGGGCUACGGAUCGGGAUCAAACAGUUGGCUCAUUCAAAUGGAGGGUGGUGGAUGGUGUAACACCAUUAGAUCAUGUGUUUACCGCAAGACAACGCGCCGCGGGUCAUCAAACUUUAUGGAGAAGAAUCUUCCAUUUACGGGAAUCUUGAGCAAUAAGGCCGAAGAAAAUCCAGAUUUUUACAACUGGAAUAGAAUUAAAGUCCGCUAUUGUGAUGGUGCAUCAUUCACUGGAGAUAGUGAAAACCAGGCUGCACAGCUACAAUUUAGAGGGCAGCGCAUAUAUCAAGCUGCAAUGGAUGAGUUAAUGUCGAAAGGAAUGCGUCACGCCGAACAGUCUCUUCUUUCUGGAUGCUCUGCUGGCGGUCUUGCUUCAAUAUUGCACUGUGAUGAGUUCCGAAGUUUAUUUCCUAGUAGUACUAGAGUGAAGUGCUUGAGUGAUGCUGGACUGUUUAUGGACGCAACAGAUGUAUCUGGUGGUCGUAGCCUAAGGAAUGUCUUUGCAGGGGUAGUAAGCGUACAGGAUCUUGUGAAAACCCUGCCACAAUCUUGUACAUACCACUUUGAUCCAACCUCAUGCUUCUUUCCUCAGAAUUUGAUUGGCAACAUCAAGACUCCUCUCUUCAUUCUCAAUGCUGCUUAUGAUUCAUGGCAGCUCCAAGAGAGUUUGACUCCUCCUUCAGCUGACCCAAAUGGCAGCUGGCACAGCUGCAGAUUAGACAAUCAGAAAUGCUCUAAAUCACAGAUUGAUUUUCUGCAAGAGUUCAGAAAUAAGAUGUUAAAUACUCUAAAGGGUAUUACAGCUUCUAAACAAAUGGGAUUAUUUAUAAAUUCAUGUUUCGCUCACUGCCAAUCUGAGAGGCAGGAUACAUGGUUCGCUGAUGACUCUCCUGUUAUCCGUAACAAGGCAAUUGCACUUGCAGUGGGAGAUUGGUAUUUUGAUCGGGCAAGAGCAACAUACAUCGACUGUGCAUACCCUUGUGAUCGAUCAUGUCACAACUUGGUCUUCAGAUGAGCAUGCAAUUUUGACUUUUCACAUAUUUUAAUCUUAUACCCCAGCGGAAAAUUUUCGCAAUGUAUAGGAUCUUCAGAAUCACCUGUUCCAAUUCAAUUUGUGUAGUUUGUGAAUUGUUGAGGUUUUGUUUUUUGUAAUAAAUUGUGUUUUAUUUUUCUUUUUGUUUUUGGGCAAUCAUAAAAAUAGUGGUAAUAAUUUCAUACAAUAUACUACUAGUAUAUUACUACGUAUUAGGCUAGUAGUUUUGGGACAAUCCUUUUUUUCUAUACAGUGUGUACACAGUACACUCUGCUCUCCAUAUCGAAAUUAAUUUUGUAGGUUGAAUGUUUUUUUUAAUUGGAUUGACAUUUGCUUGUUUGGUCUGCAUCCGACAAAUGGUUGAUUUAUUUGUACUUUAUAACCAUCAAAGUUUAUGUUU